AGAUUAUAUAGCCUGGGCUCAGGAGAGCAAGAUCUCCAGAAAUCAGUUCGAAUUUUGCGAUCCGAGGUGUAGCGUGUGCGAUUAUAACUCGAAACAAUUCAACAAUUUCCAACAGCAACUCAAUCGGAAUAUAUUUAUAUAUAUAGCAGCCUUUAGCUAUCAGCAGCGGAUCAUCAACUUUACAACGUAAUUCAUCUAAAUCAAUUGAGAAAUGAUUUUAAUAUACUUUAUAGGUAGUUUUCCACACCCUUCAGCCUUAACUGACGCACCACCCCAUCUUCCGUUUUUCAUUUAAAUCCGUAGGUCAAUCAGAGCAAGCCCAAAAUGGCCCUGUCCAAGAUCGACUCGGAGAUAGAGCAGGUUGACCAGGAGAAGUACCUGCGCCAGGCCACUAGCUACUAUCAGGCGCUGGAGAAACCCCUGAAAUACGGACCAGCUGUGAAUUCCCUGACGGACUUGGUGGCUGCCCUUCAUAAGGAGUUUGAGUCCAACUACGUCAACAUCGAGAUGGUGAAUCACCUGAUGCUCACCUACAAGUCAAACCCCCGGGAGUGGCGCAAGUACGCCAAGUUCGAUCGUUAUACGUACACCAGGAAUCUUGUGGAUGCUGGCAAUGGCAAGUUUAAUCUUCUGAUCCUGUGCUGGGGUGAAGGACACGGCUCAUCGGUGCACGACCAUGCCGAUUCCCAUUGUUUCAUGAAGAUGCUGAAGGGUGAUCUUCGUGAGAAGCGCUAUGAGUAUCCCAACAGAUCUGCUAGGGAUGCUGGUCGAUCCCAUCAUCCUGAUGGAGAGGUCGACAGCCGGGAGCUGGUGGAGAUUGGCGAGACACCAAUUGCCGUCAACGAUGUGGCUUACAUAAAUGAUAAUCUGGGCCUUCAUCGCGUGGAGAAUCCCAGUCACUCGGACACCUCUGUGUCCCUGCAUCUCUACUGCCCCCCUUUCGAUACAUGCUCCGUCUUCCAGGACAACCAAAAAAAGACCACCGCCAAGGUCACCUUCUGGAGCAAGUACGGCGUAAGAACGAAGCAGAAUGAGCAGUAGAUUCAACCAGAUCCAACCAGAUCCCCAAAUAUAGUUGCUCGUAUUAUUGCAUAAUACUAAGAAUCUUUAUUACUAGAUAUUUAGGAUGAACUAGGGCCCAAAAGCAUCCGGGAGCAUGGAGUUCAAAGAGGCACGCCACGUGGCAAUUGAUAAGCCCUCAUCCGAUAAGCCCUGCCCCGGAUCAAAAUUUCGUUUAAGUUAUCUUUAGGGUUAGCUGUACCAAAAAUAAUCAAUAAAUAAUUAUAAUAUUGUCAA